UUGGCUUCCACUGCAUCUGCAGCUUGCAACCCAUUGACUACUGGAGGAUGUCCGGCAGACCCUGCCUUGGGCACAUCCUUCAGAGAAGACUUUCAAGAAAGCAUCGGUGAAUACUUCACAGUUUUGGACACACCUGGUUCAGUAACAUUCGGCGACGAUGGCGUUGAAUUGACCAUCAAAAAAAGAUUCGACAACCCUUCAUUUCAGUCUAACUUCUACAUCAUGUUCGGUAAGGUCGAAGUGGUGAUGCAGGCUGCUGAAGGUAAGGGGAUCAUUUCUUCAUUCUACUUGCAAUCAGACGAUUUGGAUGAAAUCGAUAUCGAAUUGUUUGGUGGUGACGGGUACGAGUUCCAGUCGAACUACUUCGUCAAGGGUAACACUGCCACUUAUGAUAGAGGUGGAUACCAUCCUACAUCGUCUAAUCCACUCGAAAACUUCCACACCUACACCAUUGAUUGGACUGAAGAUGCUUUGACCUGGUCCUUGGACGGAACAGUAGUUCGUACCAUUCCAAAGGACAAUGCUCAAGGUUAUCCUCAGUCUCCAAUGCAAAUCUUUGCUGGUAUCUGGGCUGGAGGUGAUCCAGACAAUGCUGUUGGUACUAUAGAAUGGGCCGGUGGUCUCACGGACUACUCGCAAGCUCCUUUCUCCAUGAAGAUUAAGUCUGUGGUUGUUUCUGACUACUCCACUGGUGACUCCUACUCUUAUUCGGACAAAUCAGGAAGUUGGGAAUCCAUUGUAGCUAAAAAUGGAGAAGUGAACGGAAGACUUCAACAGGGCCAAUCUGACUUCGCUACUUUGCAAUCUGGUGGAUCUAUUGUUUCUGACUCUUCAAGCUCUUCUGAAGCUACUUCUUCUGAAGCCACUUCUUCCGAAUCCACAUCUUCUACUUCUACCACUACAUCUUCUACCUCCACUACUUCCACGUCAUCCACUUCUACCACGUCAUCUACUACAUCGUCAACCUCAUCUACUUCUACUUCAUCUACUACACUGUCAACCUCUUCUACUUCUUCUACUUCUUCAACAUCCACUACUUCUACAAUCUCAUCCACAUCUACCACAUCUACAUCGACCUCAUCCACAUCUACAUCGACCUCAUCCACAUCUACUUCAUCCACACCUACCUCGUCCUCUACAUCGACUUCUACUACGAUCACAGAAAGCGCUACUAAAACCACUUUGGUCACUUCCAGAAAGGAAGCCUCGUCCACAUCUACCGCCAGCCAAACAUCAUCU